UGUUUACAUUGCAUUGGCCACAGAUUGAACCACUUUGAGUACCGCAGGAAUAUUGAUUGGAACCGAUGUGAGGAUUUCACGAUAUUGUAGAGUAUAUGACGAACUUACCUUGGUUAUGUGGCUUCGACAUUUGUGUGACUUUUUAAAAAGUUUUAAUACUCGUACCCUGUGACUGAAUAUCGGGCUUGCUUAAUUGAAUGGCAUUUUGGAGCUGUUGACAUGGCUGAAUUUGUAGUUAACUGCCUCUUCAAAUGAGAAGACGACUCCUGCCUCUGUUUCCAAAGAAGCCCAUUAUUGUAUCCAUUCGUGCCAUGGCAUCCAAAGACUACAUGCAUUCAAAAUUUACUAAGCAGCAGCGAUAUUCUCCUUACUCAAAACAUAACUCUCCACUAUUCUGUAGUACGGUGGCUCAGAAAGAACAUGUAGAAACCUGUAGUAGUGGUUCUACCGACCAGCGGCAUGGUGAUAGAAAGGACAGAAACCAUCAAGAGAAUAGUUCCCCGACUUCUAAGACAUUCUCGUGCAUCUCAGCCAGACAACCUUAUGCAGGUUUCAUCCUGAAUGGGCUCAAAACCAUAGAGACCAGAUGGACUCCUGUCUUCCAGGAACUGGAAGGAAGAACGGUUGCCAUCCAUGUCGCUUGGAGAGACUGGGAAGGAGGAGAGGAAUGGAAGACAAUUCUGGCAAUAGAUCAUACCGAGGAAGACAUUGAGAGGAUUAUCAAGGAUGGAGAGAAGCAUGGGAGAGCUGUAGUUGCAGGUUUGGUUGAUGUCGGUGAAACUUGGAAGUGUGACACCGGCGUCGAGAAUGAGCAGAUUCUGGAGUGGGAGAAGAGUGCCCUCCUGAGACCCCUAAAUGAGAAGUUUCUUACAAGGCUGUCCAAUCCCAAGUGGCUGAGGAGGCCACUUGAGGUCAGAGGUCAAAGGGGAAUCUGGAAGGUGGAGAUACCACAGGAGUGCCUCUGAUGAUUGAUUGCCUGAUAGACUGGCACACAAUUUUGUACCAAUACAAUAAAUUUCUAGUAGAUCCUGCAUUCAGUGCUGCCCGUGUGAUGAUAGAACAAUGCAUCUCUAACAAAGAAAACUGGCUUGCUCUGCUGUUUUGAAUAUAUUUGUUUUAAAAUUCCUAUUUUGUGUACCUUCCACAGAAAAAAGAAUUCCGACGGUGCACAAAAGCAGUCUUGCUUAAGCCACAAAUAAAACCCAUCAUUUCCAAGAGCUCGAGUUUUUAUUCAAAGUAUUUCAAAUAUAACUUAGCUGUAUUAGUUGGGUAAUGCCAUAGCUAAAUGGUAAAAAAAGACGUUGCAGUACAGCAACCUAGUUGCAGAGCAUACGUACAGAUAAACUACAGUAAUGUGCACUUUAUUUUUAAGACUUUUGCUGUCCUCAAAGAUAAAUGCAUUUAAUUGUGAGGUAAUCACCAAGUUCUCUGCUUUGCCUAAUCCAAGAAAUUACUCUACAUGUAUUGUAGAGAGGUGGAGAGGGCUCGUGUUACGAACACUGAACAGGAGUUGUGAUAAGGUUAACAUACUGAAGCUAAUGUUGGAACAAUAAAGAACCAGAUAUUGACAAUAUUA